UCUAGUGGAUACUGUAACCACAGCGGGUAGGAGAACCGCUUCUUAAAUACAAUCGGGAUUAAAGAGAGGCAGGAGGAGGGAAGAAAAACCUUUACUUUUCAGUUUAUUUGGACAGCUGUUUUUAUGGUCAUACGGGAGCUGAAGGACGAGAGUUACCACAUACUUGUGAUGCAGCUACGGCACUCCUCCCAAGUCCCACCACCCUGGUUGCCAAGCCGCUAGGACAGACACCAUGGGUGUAUCGCAGCUGGUGACCUGCUGUCUUUCCGUCCCAUGUUGCCUGCUCAUCAUCAGGUGCAAUUCCAUGGCCUCACAGAGUUCAGAACGCCUUCUCGAAAAUGAACUUCAGUGUGACCGAAAGGAUCAUCCAGUUGUGAAUUUUAACGAUUUGAGACCCUGGGUGUUGAAUUUUAGCUUUCCAGGAGUGUAUGACUACUCUCAGUUGGCAAUCGACCUCAGCAGAAAGCAGCUGGUCAUUGGAGCCAGAAACUACCUCUUUCGCCUCACUCUGAAUAAUAUCUCUCUUAUACAGGCAAUAGAAUGGGGACCAGAGGAAGACACUCGGAUAGCUUGUCAGAGCAAAGGAAAGACUGAGGUCGAGUGUCAGAAUUAUAUUCGUGUGCUGCUCAUUAACGGGAAGAACAUAUUUGCAUGUGGAACAAAUGCGUUUUCUCCGACCUGCACAUCCCGACAGCUUGGGGACCUGGGCCAUGUGCUGGACAGGAUGAAUGGUGUGGCAAGGUGUCCUUACGAUCCUAGACACAAUUCCACUGCCGUGAUCACGUCCCGGGGAGAGCUGUACGCAGCCACUGUGAUCGACUUCUCAGGUCGCGACCCCGCCAUCUACCGAAGCCUGGGAAAUAGACCUCCUCUCCGAACUGCGCAGUACAACUCCAAGUGGCUUAACGAACCAAACUUCAUCUCAGCGUACGACAUUGGCCUCUUCAUCUACUUCUUCUUCCGUGAGAACGCUGUGGAGCAUGACUGUGGGAAGACUGUCUAUUCCCGCGUUGGGCGUGUCUGCAAGAGCGACAUCGGGGGGCGGUUUCUGCUGGAGGACACGUGGACAACCUUCAUGAAGGCCCGGCUCAACUGCUCGCGUUCGGGGGAGAUCCCAUUUUACUACAACGAGUUGCAGAGCACAUUCUAUCUUCCCGAGCAGGACCUCAUCUAUGGAGUCUUUACAACAAAUGUGAACAGCAUUGCAGCCUCUGCAGUUUGUGCAUAUAACCUCAGCUCCAUCGCUCAGACUUUCAACGGACCGUUCCGCUACCAGGAGAACCCUCGAUCCGCCUGGUUGCCGGCCACAAACCCCAUUCCCAACUUCCAGUGUGGUUCCCUCCAAGACCAUGGACCCAACGCGAACCUGACAGAGCGUAGCCUCCAGGAUGCUCAGCGCUUCUUCCUCAUGAACGAUGUGGUGCAGCCUGUCACCGUUGACCCCCUUGUGACUCAUGACAACAUGCGUUUCUCCAAGAUCGUUGUGGACAUCGUGCAAGGCCGGGACACGCUAUACCACGUGAUGUACAUUGGCACAGAGCACGGAACUAUUCUGAAAACCCUGUCAUCGGACAGCAAGGGUUUGCGAGGCUGCUACUUGGAAGAGCUGCAGCUGCUGGCAGCCAGCAAACAGGAGCCCAUCCGAAGCCUGCAGAUCCUUCACAGUGACCGCUCUCUGUUUGUGGGCUUGAACGGCAAAGUACUGAAGAUUCCACUGGAGCGAUGCUUCUCCUACAAAACCGAAACCUUCCUAUACCAAGAUUCAGUUGGCUCAUUGAUCCUGCAGCACACACUAUUGUCGAAACAAGCUGAAAGAGUUUCCGAUCUGGUGGACCAUGGCAAAAGCUGGCCCCAUAGUCUCCUUCCCUCCUUCAAUUCCACAACCAGUGAAAAUGAGCUCUCAGUGUCUGUCUUCUACAGUAUUGCCUCUCAUUCUUUGAACACCAAAGUGAGAAAUCUCACUGUGGACGGUGAAUUCGGGCCAUGGUCUCCAUGGCAACUGUGCGAGCAUGCAGACAAAGAGGCCACGGGAUCGUGCACGUGCCGCUCCAGAUCAUGUGACAGCCCUGCCCCGCGGUGCGGAGGUCAUGAGUGUGUCGGAGCCCGGAUCGAGGUGGCCAAUUGCUCGAGGAAUGGAGGUUGGACGGUCUGGGCUUCCUGGGCUCCAUGCAGUACGACCUGUGGCAUUGGGUUUCAGGUUCGGCAGCGAUCCUGCAGUAAUCCCACUCCUCGCUAUGGAGGAAGAGUGUGCGUCGGCCAGAGCAGGGAGGAGAGAUUUUGCAACGAGAAUGCAGCUUGCCCGCUACCCACGUUGUGGUCAAGCUGGGGCCCCUGGACUAGAUGCAGUGCUGAUUGUGGUGGAGGCAUGCACUCGAGACAGAGAAGCUGUGAAAACGGCAACAACUGCCCAGGCUGUAAUGUGGAGCACAGGGCGUGUAAUGUGGACUCCUGCCCAGAGGUACGCAGAAACACACCGUGGACACCCUGGAUGCCAGUUAACGUCAGUCAGAACGGAGCCCGGCACGAACAGCGGUUCCGCUACACUUGCCGGGCACCGCUGGCAGAUCCACACGAUCUACAACUCGGCAAGAAGAGGGUGGAUAGCCGUUUCUGUCCUGCGGAUGGCACCUCUGCCUGCACCACUGACACCCUCGUCGAUGACCUUUUGAAGUUCGGCCGGCAGUCCUUCCAUAGGAUCGACGGUGGCUGGUCCCCCUGGUUGCCGUGGUCACCCUGUUCCCGUGAGUGUGAAACAGGUUUUCGGACCAGGAGGCGGAGCUGCACCAAUCCUGAGCCCAGAAAUGGAGGCCUACCCUGCACAGGAGCUGACAUUCAGUAUGAGGACUGCAAUCAGCUGCCUUGCCCAGUUAAGGGAGCAUGGUCCUGUUGGUCUCCCUGGUCCCCAUGCUCAGCGACUUGCGGAGGUGGACAUUACCAACGUACACGGACAUGCACCAACCCAUUGCCGGCUAAUGGUGGGGAUAUCUGCAUUGGACUGCACACUGAGGAGGCACUGUGCAACACUCAGACCUGUGAAGGUGGCUGGUCGGUGUGGAGUGAAUGGAGCCUCUGCACUGAGGAAGACACACAGUUCCGUACUCGCCGAUGCGAGACUCUGAGUCUCGGUGCAAUGCAGUGUGUGGGGAACAGCACCCAGUUUCGGCCGUGUCUCUAUAAUGAAAUUCCAGUGAUCCAGUCGGCCAUUGGGAGCGACAGCAGCUGUGGAGCCUUUAGUGUGUACCAUCUGAUUGCCACUGGAGUCUCCUGCUUCCUGGGUGCCACCCUCAUCACCCUACUGAUCUACGCGUACUGCCAGCGGUGCCACAGACAAUCUCAGGAGUCCACUGUCAUUCAUCCGACCACUCCCAAUCACCUGAAUUACAAAGGCAGCAGUCAGGGUAACAAGAACGAACUCUACAAUCCAAUGGAAAUCAAGACGCUGAACAAAAACAAUUUGAUUCCUGAUGACCGAAGCAACUAUUUCUCCUCUCUGCAGCAGACCAAUGUGUACACCACGACGUAUUAUCCUAGCACCCUGAAUAAAUAUGACUAUCGACCUGAAUCCUCAUCUGGAAGAACGUAUACCUAAGACGUUCCAAGUGGACUUCUCCUGGAAAGAAACCACAAAAGGACUCUGCUCACCCAGCUCCCCUGGCACACCGCAAGUGAACCUGUAACCAUAGCAACUACUCAUAGUCGAGUCAUAACCAGUCCAAAUUUCGUGCAGUCAGUCCUUCAUUAAAACAUUUGCACCCUUCAAGGUCCACAGGUCAGCCAUCGAGACUUCUUUACGACUUAAAAGAAACUUUGUCAGCUACGGAUUUUGUGUUUUUUUUCUUCGUUCAUGGAACCCCCACCACCCCGAUGAGAGAGACUGAGCGAUGCUUCUUUUUUUUUGCGGGGAGGGGGAAUAAAGAAAGACGUUGGCGGAGACAAGAUGGCCGCCGCAGUGGCCGAACAAGACAGUUAGUUGCCACACAGCAACGUGUCACCUCUUGUGAAACUAGAUCGGCCGAGGAUUUCUUCACAUUGGUACUACAGGUGGCUCUGAGAAUGUGACCGUAGCAUCUAGGUACAGAAAUACUCCUGCGCUACUGAGGAAUCGUUAUUUUUUAUUGUCAUUUGAAAGUUUAUGACCUUCUUCUGUAUUCCCCACUUCCCCUCCCCUUUCAGUGUUAAUUUUCAGAUGUGGAACCUAACAUUGGCGAAAUGUAGCUGUAUUUACAGAAACCGUCUGUUUGAUUUAAUAGCUCCAUUACUCCAUUUUUUGCUACACCCAAACCUCCUCCCACCCUAUUUCACUUGCCAACAGUUCAAAAAAGAAACCAUUGAAAUGUUCUUUAUUUUUUUAAACUGAUUUUUUAUUGUGCUCCUUGCCUGGCUUUCAGGAUUGUUUCAUUGUUUCUUCUAUUUUUGUCCUCACUUGCAUUCCCAUGAUUGGCAUUUUGACACUUUUAACUGAUUGGUGAAAUUUGCAUAGUGAUUAACCCGUAGAUGGUGAACAGAGGGGUGAACAAUGGUCCUAUUCAUGGUUAAAGGGCACCAGGUAAAUUUAAGUGCACAAUCCUGCAAAACAACUGUUAAACUAAUUUGAGGACUGCCCUCCGCUAAUUCAGUUCUGUUCAGUUAAUGCACCCUGGUUUGGAUAUGCUUCACAUUUUUAUAAUCAGCAGGUUUAAGAUGCUAUUUCACCAUAAUUUCAUCUGCUUCAUUGGAAUCUGUAGCUCAAAGGAAUUAUUCUAAUGUGCAAGAGUGAUCCAGAAAUGCAAAGAGGAAACAUUGGUUGUAGUGGCGGAGAAUUCUACAAAUGUAGCUAAAUGUGAGAUUGCCCUGGUAAUGCUUCCUAUAUUCUCUUUAGCUUCUUAACUAUCCCAUUUCUGAUCCUUUAGAAAGAGAGCUAGGGUGUUCCAAGGUGUUGGCUAUAUUUAGAGUAUGGAUUUACCAAGGAUUCUUUGAAAUGAUAAGGCCCAGGUACGUUGCUAGCACUGUGAGCUGAAACGUGCCCUCACCCUCCGUGGUAGUGGCUCAGAAAACUCAAAAAGUUUCCCUUUCCUCCCACACCACUCUUCUCCUGACGAGCUCAGCCGAACAAAAAGUUCUGUUGAAAGUUUACCGAAAGACAUUUCAGGAGCUGGACAGUGUCCUGAGCUCUGACUUAAAACUCCCCAAGUAAAACGAGAAAGUUUGCUUCUUAAUCUGUGGCUAAUGGUUUUGCUUAUCAGCUACCAAUUUGAUCUCCUGUGGCAAGUUAUUUAUGUUUGAUGCCCAUUGAGAUACAGUUGGAAGCUGUGCCAAUGUACGCAUGCUAUAGUAGUGUAACUGAGUUGGGGAGCCAGCCAAUCUUGUAUUCCACAGGAAUCUCUGCUGCCCUUAUAACUGAGCCCGAAUUUCUGUUCACUGAUUACAGUGGAAACCAAUUCUCACGUACCAAAUCAACCAAUUGGGUUCUCUUAAAGAGAAGAAUUCUUAAUUUUCCCACAUGAUCCGUAUACAUGGAAAGGCAGCUAUGAAGUUACCUGCACUGAGGUAUAUCUAAAAAGCUAAAAGAAUCAAUCGUGAUGGUACAUCCUGUCUGAACAAGAAUCCAUGAAUUUUAUACUAUAGCUGUCAGAGUUCUAUGCUGGAUCUUUCUCACGUGGCUACACCAAUCUGUGAUCUGCUAGUUUAGGUUGGCAGUACUUACACAAGAUGCAAAAAGAUGUAUUGAGGUGAGGUCGGUUGGUGAACCUGCCCUAGACUUUACAUGAUACAUGAGCUGUUUUGAAGUUAUCUGCACCAAGGAACCAUCAAUGCGGAUGAGAAGCUAAACCUCCCAUUGUGGUUUUCAAGACUGUACAUUGCCUCAGCCUCACGAGGGCUCCCAUCCUAUUUCUGUAACUCUCUCUAUAGUCCUCUGCAGUCCUCCAGUGCUAUUCUCCAGUUGCAUCCCCUUUGAUACUCAUUCUAUCAUUGUUGAACAUGCCUGCUGUUGCCUGGGCCUUAAGCUCCUCCCCUCUUCUUUGUCUCCCCCUCUCACUCCCUUUAAGACACUCCUUAAAGUCUACCUCUUUGACCAUAACUGCAAUCACCUGUCCUACUGCCUCCUUAUGUGACUCAAUGUCAAAUUUUGUUUAGCUAACACUCCCGUGAAUUGGCUUUGGAAGUUUUAUUGUUUCGGCAAAGGUGCUAUACAAAUGUAGGUUGUUGUGUUGAAGUGGAAAUAUUGUUCCCAUCUUUGUCCUACUUUUCCUGGCUUAUCAGGAACUGUGAAUGCCUGCCUUUAAGUAGAACAUGCAUUGUAUAAAGUGAAUAUUAAUGCGGUGCAAGACUGUGAAAUGUGGUGACAAUUCUGGCGUGCCUUAGUUUUUGUUGACCUCUGUAAAUUGUCCUUGUUUCAUCUAAUACUUCUAUUUGCAGAAGCCUUACUGGGCAUUUACUGGCAUCCAGCUCAUUUAUCUUCCCUUGUAGACAGAGUGGGGGUUGGUGGGCAGUGAAGAUAAUUGUGUUGGUCUAAUGGCCACCAGGAACAGUAAUACUUACCAGCUGGUACUUCAUGAAUGUAUAUGUUUCUGAAUCCCUAACUGCGGUAAGUAAGUACAGCACUUUUGUGGUUGCCAUUAAUCAACUUGCACUGGGGUUGAACCACUGUGACGUUUGUUAGGCCAAAGUUACAGUGCCGUGUCAGUUCUGGUCACCGCACUGUACAAAGGGUGUGACUGCACUAGGGAGAGGGCUCAGAGGAGAUUCAUCAGGAUAGACUAGAGGUUCUCAACCAUAAAGAGCUGGAGACAAAAUGGAGUUGUUUUCCUUCGGGCAGAGGAGGCUGAGGGGUGGGGAUCUGAUUGAGAGGUUCAAAGUUCAAAGGGCACAGAUGGGGUCGAGGGGGAGAAACUUUCCCUCCAAGUAGAGCGUCUAUAACCAAGGGACAUGAGGUUUUAAGGUAAGGAACAGGAGAUUUAAAGGGGAUUUGAGGAAGGUUUUCUCAUCCAGAGGGCUGUGGUUACCUAGACCUCAUUGCCUGAAAGGGUGGUAGAGGCUUGAACCCUCAAGGCUUUGAAGAAUUAUUUAGAUGAGCACUUGAAAUGCCAGAGCAUACAAGGCUAUGAGCCAAGUGUUGGGAAUUGGGAUUAGAGUAAAUGGAUGCUUGAUGACCAGUAUAAAACACAGUGGGCUGAAUAUUCAUAAGAACAUAAGAAAUAGGAAAAAGAUUAGGCCAUCUGGGUCAUCUGUCUUUUCCUGUGCUAUAAAAACUCUAGGAUUCUGUGACUCUCCAUCCAAUCAAAACGUAGUUUGGGAAAAGAGUUGCUUCACAAUGGCCAAUGGAAAUAUCUUAUGUGUGCUAACCUCAAGAGUUGCUCCAAUCAUUACUCCCAAACAUUGAGUUGAAUAAAUGUUGAGAAGCUCGAAGUGAGUGUAGUGAAUUAAGAUAUAUCCUUAAGUUAGUUGUAAACCCUGAACUCAGUGAUCCUUUAGAUGAAAGUGAGGAUUGCAGAUGCUGGAGAUUAGAGUCGAGAGUGUGGUGCUGGAAA